AUGCCCGUUACCAUCCAGGUAACUGAUCACGCGCCAAGGCCGUGGUUUAGACCAUUCGGCAAGGCCACAUCAGCAAAGAUGCUUCUAGAGUCAUCUUGUCCGAGUGAGCAUGAGCUCUGCAAGACCAUUUUCCAAAGCUCCUUCGAGACGGUUGUAUCAUCCAACAUCUGGCCAUCCCACAAUGGUCUCGUCUACGCCGCCCACUCUGCCUAUCGCAAACACCAUAACCUAACCAUCCGCCCUGAGGAUGUCUGGUUUGCCAUUCUCCCUCAAUUAAAUUUCUACAUCAACGCGCACGCUGAAGAGCUGAGGUCCCAUUUUGUGCAGCACGAGGGCAAACAGGAGGUCGAGGUAGAAGUCGCCGGUACCAUUCAUACAGUCGACUUUGGAGAACUGGCCGUGAUGAUGACGGAUGAGAUGGAAAAGCAGAUCGUCGACCCGGAGUUGAAAUCCUGGAUUCACCCGACUUCACGACAACCGAGACUGUGUGGUAUCCCAUCUGUCACACUCCUCGGCCAAAGGGAAGAUUGGGUCAAGAUCCGCAACCGCCUUGACAAGAUCAAACAAUUUAGCGCUGAACCAACCAUGUUCGCCGAACGUUUGAUUACCGUUGUGAAUAACCUGAUCAUCGCCUUUGACAAGCCAACCGAUCCUUCCGUCAAGGAGUUUUUCGGCAAGAUUGCUCACUGGAUGGAUGGCGGCUCAGGAAUUUCGUGGCUCUCUGGGUGGAUCACGGCAUUCUGCGCCUGGGGUUUUGAUGGCACCCCGAUUAGAAGCACGAGGAUCCCUGGAGGCCACAUGGUCUGUGAUAUUGAUGGAACAAAGUUCCUGCCGAUGGACACGAAGGACAUCCCUCCUGGAUAUGCUUCCGUCCCUGUAAAGGUGGACGAUAAUGGACGCAUCUAUAAAACAAAAAUGGUUGCUGGGUCCGUUGGUAUAUCCGUUACCAGCAGCGGCCAAAAAUUGGAUCAGUCAAAUAUGCGACGCGGGAACGAGCAAGAAGCAGGGCUUGAUUCGCUUCAGCCCGUAACAGGGUGGUGGAUGUUUGAGCUCAAUGACGACAAUUAG